UUGGCCUGUGAAGCAAAAAUUGUAUCUUUAUAAUUUGUGUUGUACACUUUGUUUAAAACAAAUCCAAUAGGAUGGGUUUCUUAACAAUAUUAAAAAAAUUGCGUCAAAAGGAGAAGGAAAUGCGAAUUCUUAUGCUCGGUUUAGACAAUGCUGGGAAAACGACAAUCCUGAAGCGUUUCAACGGGGAGCCGAUUGAUACCAUUUCGCCCACACUGGGCUUCAACAUCAAGACGCUGGAGCACAGAGGAUUCAAACUUAACAUUUGGGAUGUUGGUGGACAGAAAUCUUUGAGAUCAUACUGGAAGAACUACUUCGAGAGCACAGAUGGUGUGGCGUGGGUGGUGGACAGCGCGGAUGCACGGCGGCUGGCUGACUGCGCCCGCGAGCUGCGCGCGCUGCUGCGCGAAGAGCGCCUAGCCGGAGCCACGCUACUUGUGCUUGCCAACAAAGCUGACCUGCCGGGUGCAUUAUCACUGCAGGAAAUUAGAGAAGCUCUAGAACUAGACAGCAUAAAGACACACCAUUGGCGCAUUGUGCGGUGCUCUGCCGUCACAGGAGAGAAUCUGCUUGAGGGCAUGGACUGGAUGCUUGAUGACAUUGCAUCACGAAUAUUCACCCUUGACUGAUCAUCACUGAUACUACAUACCACAAAUGGAAUCGUAACCCAGUACUCGCAGCUUGUGUGAGAAGGUGAAGUCGUGAACUGCUGACAGUGAAAUUUAUUAAUUCUUUAAUUUGUUUCUUCCUUUCAAUUGCUUAUAUUAUUAUUUUGUACUCAUUUUGAUGAGUCAUAAGAGUAUUUAAAGUUUUUAACUUGGGUACCUUAUUGCAAUGCAAUCUAUAGAAUUCUUUUGUAAGACAAAUGAAACUGUGAUGUAUAUUCAAGAUAAAUUA